GCGAUCGCCGCCGCCGCCGCCGCGGCGAACCAGGAGAUCCACACCCUUUUCAUAUCCGGCCUCCCCGAUGACGUCAAGGCUCGUGAGAUCCACAACCUCUUCCGCCGCCGCGCUGGAUUCGACACCUGCCUCCUUGAAUACACCGGCCGUGGGAAUCAGGUUGUUGCCUUCGCUACAUUUUUCAACCAUCAAUCUGCUCUUUCUGCAAUGACCGAACUGAAUGGAGUUAUCUUUGAUCCUGAAACUGGAGCUACAUUGCAUAUUGAGCUGGCCAGAUCAAAUUCUCGCAGACGUCCUAGGGUGGAUGGAGCAUAUGAUAUAAUUGAUAAACGAGCUAAAGUAAGAAAUGACGAGCAAAAUAUAUGGAGCAACAAUGGAAACGGUGGAUCUGAUGCGGACACAGAAAUUGAAAAUUCCAGCAAAAAGGGUGCCACACAGAGGAAGCGUAAGGCAGAUGAUGCUCGGUCUGCUCAAAAUGUAAGUUUUCAACAUAGAGUUUUAGACUUGGUUAAAAGGAAAGCUAUAUUUUCUUCAAAAUGUACUUUCAUUAAGAAUGUGAUUAUAAUAGUGGGAAUUGUAGUCAGGCCCUCAAUUUGCAGCCGAAAAAGCAAACUUCAAGAUGGUAUUUCACCUUGUUCUACUUUGUUUAUCGCUAAUCUGAGUCCAUUGUGCAGUGAAGAAGAUAUAAAGAAAAUGUUAUCAGAAUGCCGUGGCUUCGAGGUGCUUAAAAUGCAAAAUAAAUCUGGAAAGCCUGUUGCUUUUGCUAAUUUUUCGGGUAUUGAAGAAGCGACUGAAGCCAAAGAAAAGCUCCUGGGCAGCUUGCAGGCUGCUGCUGAUGAUGCUGGCUUGCAUUUGGAAUAUGCAAGGUCCAAAAUGAGAAGAACUUAGGGCGAGAAAGAAUGAGGUCGUUACUGAUUUGCAGGAUGGGUUUCAUAGUUUUUCAUAUGAUGCCUGCAUCUAAUAGUUCCAUAGAUUAUGAAAUAGUAGUGUAUGUUCACUUGGAGCUGGCGUGCAGUACUUUGCUAUUCAAUCGCUGCCUGUCCGUAUAUUACAAAGAUGUGAAUUUGUAUUGCUCUUCUGCCCUAGCAAGCACUAGUUUCAUGUUCAUCACUUUUGCUGAUGCUUGAUUUUUCCUGAGUUGAGAGAUUUUGUUCUGAUGCAGUGAUGGUGGACUAUUGAGGUCUGGUUCAAGCUUAAAAAAUUUGCUUUACAUUCUUUGGUACAA